CCGCGGGCUGGUUGGCGGGCACGCGGUGGUGGUGCGGAGCGCUGGCGGAGCUGCGGGCGGAGGACCAUGGCCGCCGGUCCCUGCCCGGCUAGCGGUGGCGGUGCGGGAGGACUCCACAACUCUCGCGUUUCAGGCUUCUCCUUCGACUCGGGACUCGAGAUCAAAACGCGCUCGGUAGAGCAGACGCUGCUCCCGCUGGUGUCUCAGAUUACCACACUUAUUAAUCAUAAAGAUAAUACCAAAAAGUCUGAUAAAACUCUGCAAGCAAUUCAGCGUGUAGGACAAGCGGUCAACUUGGCUGUUGGAAGAUUUGUUAAAGUAGGAGAAGCUAUAGCCAAUGAAAACAGGGAUUUGAAAGAAGAAAUAAAUAUUGCCUGUAUUGAAGCUAAACAAGCAGGAGAAACAAUUGCAGCACUUACUGAUGUAUCCAACAUGAAUUCAGAAUCUGCUGGCCAGGUCACAAUUUUUACAGACAAAACAGGAGUCAUAAAGGCUGCAAGACUACUUCUUUCUUCAGUGACAAAGGUGUUGUUGUUGGCAGACCGAGUAGUCAUUAAACAAAUAAUAACAUCACGCAGUAAGGUUCUCGCAACGAUGGAAAGACUAGAAAAAGUAAAUAGCUUUCAAGAGUUUGUCCAAAUUUUCAGUCAGUUUGGCAAUGAGAUGGUGGAGUUUGCACAUCUAACUGGAGAUAGACAGAAUGAUUUGAAAGAUGAAAAGAGAAAAGCAAGAAUGGCAGCAGCUAGGGCAGUUCUUGAAAAGGGUACAAUGAUGCUUCUAACUGCUUCAAAGACGUGUCUCAGGCAUCCCAACUGUGAAUCAGCCCAUAAAAACAAAGAAGGAGUGUUUGACCGAAUGAAAGUGGCGUUGGAUAAGGUCAUUGAGAUUGUGACUGACAGUAAGCCAAGUGGAGAGAUGGAUAUAUCAUCAAUCAGUAUAUUUACUGGCAUUAGAGAGUUCAAGAUGAAUAUUGAUGCUCUUCGGGAGAAUCCUUAUUUUCAUUCCCAAGAAAAUCUUUCUGGGACCUUGGAAAUCAUUUUGGAACGUACAGAGGACUUCACUGAUUCUGCCUAUACCAGCCAUGAGCACAGGGAACGCAUCUUGGAAUUGUCAACUCAGGCGAGAACAGAACUGCAGCAAUUCAUUUCUGUGUGGAUCCCAGCUCAAAGCAAGAAAACAAAAAGCAUUGCUGAAGAACUGGAACUCAGUAUUUUGAAAAUAAGUCACAGUCUCAAUGAACUUAAGAAAGAACUUCAUAGUACAGCCAUGCAGCUGGCAGCGGAUCUAUUAAAAUACCAUGCUGAUCAUGUGGUCUUAAAAGAAUUAAAACUUACUGGAGUAGAAGGAAAUUUAGAGGCUUUGGCUGAAUAUGCGAGUAAACUCUCUGAACAGAAAGAACAGCUCAUUGAGACCUGCCGAUUAUUAAGACAUGUAUCUGGGACAGAACCUCUUGAAAUAACAUGUUUACAUGCGGAAGAGACAUUUCAAGUAACUGGCCAACAGAUAAUUUCUGCUGCUGAGACAUUGACAUUGCAUCUGUCUAGCAAAAUUGCUAAGGAGAACCUAGACGUAUUUUGUGAAGCUUGGGAAUCUCAAAUUAGUGACAUGUCAACACUGCUGAGAGAAAUCAAUGAUGUGUUUGAAGGAAGACGAGGAGAGAAGUAUGGCUACCUUUCACUACCAAAGCCAAUGAAGAAUAGUGCAAACCUGAAGUCAUUGAAGCAAGACAAGCCUGACUCUGAGGAGCAAGCCAAGAUAGCAAAGCUUGGACUUAAGCUGGGUUUGCUCAGCUCCGAUGCCGACUGUGAAAUUGAGAAGUGGGAGGAUCAAGACAAUGAGAUAGUUCGGUAUGGUCGAAACAUGUCCAGGAUGGCCUAUUCUCUGUAUUUAUUUACUAGAGGGGAGGGGCCACUGAAAACUUCCCGUGAUUUAGUUCAUCACCUAGAGGAUUUUGCCACUGAGGGAUUGAAGGUUACUGCAAGUGCACAAGCCUUUUCAAAACAGCUGAAAGAUGAUGACAAGCUUAUGCUUCUCCUGGAAAUAAACAAGCUAAUUCCCCUGUGCCACCAGCUUCAGACAAUGACUAAGACAUCUGUGCAGAAUAAAGUGUUUUUAAAGGUUGAUAAAUGUAUUACAAAGACAAGAUUUAUGAUGGCUCUCUUGGUCCAACUUCUCUCACUUUGCUAUAAGCUGCUAAAGAAGUUUCAGGUUGAAAAUAACAAUUGGGUCUCGGUGACCAAUAAAGAUGCCAUGGACAGUAAAACUUGAGACAACUUUUGGUCCAGAUUCCUGGGAUUCUAUGUGGCAAAGAUGAAAUGUCUAAAAAAGGAAAUGUUCCUUUAUACUUUCAGAAAUUCAUCCUUCCUAUAAAGAAAAUACUGGAAUCUUUUAUUUUUUGGUCUUCAGAUUGUGAUGCUUUCUGACAACUAAUUAGUGCCAAGGUGUUUGCUAGAAUUCUAACUGCAAUGCAAUUUUAAAAUGGGGCUUUGCACUAAUAAUGUUCUUUAAAAGUUAAACCAAAUAUUCCUACUGUCUUAAUGACAUUUGAAUCCAAAGAAGCUAUUUUGAAUAUAUGCUGAACUUUGACAUUUAUGCUUUGUUUUCUUUAUUUAAGCUUAUCAUCUAGAACACUAUUUCAUCAGAAAAUGUACAGUGGUCUGGGGGAACGCAGGGUUUUUUCAUCCCUCAGAGGAUGCCCUGUCACAGACCAUCCAUGGUAAUAGCAAGGCUGUUUUCUAACAUGUGUCACAUAAAAGGAUCAUCUGUACAUCCCUCCUCUACUCUCAAUAACAAGUUAAUGGAACUCCACAGAAUCUUCGGCAAACUUCUGGAAGUAACUGUCUUUGGGUUCUAGUAUAGCUGGCCAAUCUGCCCUAAUAGGGCUUCCUACUGGCUUAAAAAGGUUGUGAACCAUCCUUAGAAUGGCAGGUUAAAAAGGAAGAACUUUGGAGCUGAGGCACUGUUUAUUCUGUAUACUCAUACACUGUAUUUUAUAUAUAUGGCAUUGCAAUGUGCAUAACAAAUAAACAUCUUUGGUAUUUUUAA